ACCAAAAGCUAAUCAGCGAUGCCCGAAAGUUCACUCCUAUGGCGACACGUCGCCCUUGCGUGAAUCUCUUGUCUCUUCCCAAUAAAUCUAUCCGUUAAGACCUGCCUAAUGUCCUUUCUGAAAAGGACAAGCGCACUCCUGCCUAGUUUUUGUUCUUACGGUUGAAUUCAACACAUAAAUACAUAUAUUCCCUACAAAGUACGCUUCGGUAUCGCAGUCGAGCUGUUUCUUGUUGUACUUACAUCUGCAUAUUGAUCGAUUCGAUCGUAUCAUAGGUUGGCAAGAUUAGGGUUUUUUUAAUUAAUGCACGCCAACUGUUUGUGAAAAUUCCUCAACGAAAAAGCGACCAAUUUUUGUAUUUUCUGUAAAUUUGCGAGUAUUCUUAGAUUUAUUGAUUUGUGGGUACAUACGGAUCUAGAUUUGGGCAGUGGGGGGUGGGUGCUUUUACUGAGGGCUCAUAAUGAGAAUGGCAUUGGGCUAUCCCUCUGGGUUUUCUCUCUCCUCCAUUAAAGUUACUUUGAUGGUGGAGUAGUGUUCCUUCCAAGGCUAAGAGAGACAGAAUCCCAAUCCCAUGUGAUUUUACACCAGCACAGCAGCUGCAGUAGCAAUAAAGAUCGAUCAAGAAAGACCAUCGGUCUUCGCACUAUGAGGCAACACUCUCUUCUUCUCCAGAAUCAUACCCACAGAGGAGCCAUGGCUGCUGCUCUUGUGCUGCUCCUGCCCUUCUUUCUUCCCACCCUUUUCACUCCCUUGGGCCAUGCCAUGCCCUCUGUUUUCUCGGAAUGGAAUGCCCCAAAGCCUCGACAUUCUCGUUUACUUAAGAGUGCCUUGCAGCGGGAAACUUCUGAUGCAGAAGUUACCGAACUGUGGAAGCCGUUGGCUGAUCAACAAUGGAAGCGCUGCGACUUAUCUGACCAAAAAUCGGCAGCUUUGCCGAAGAAAUCUCAGGGGUAUAUUCAGGUGUUUCUCGACGGAGGACUAAACCAACAAAGAAUGGGUAUUUGUGAUGCAGUUGCCGUUGCUAAAAUCUUGAACGCGACUCUCGUAAUUCCUUACCUUGAAAUAAAUCCAGUCUGGCAAGAUUCAAGCACAUUCAUGGAUAUAUUCAAUGUGGAUCGCUUCAUUGAUGCAUUGAAAGAUGAUAUAUCUAUUGUCAAAGAAUUGCCUGCCGAAUAUUAUUGGAGUACACGGGAAUACUAUGCGACAGCCAUUCGAGCUAACCGAGUAAAAACAGCACCCGUUCAUGCUUCAGCAAAUUGGUAUAUAGAGAACGUUUUGCCCGUCAUACAGAGCUAUGGUAUUGCUGCGAUUGCUCCAUUUUCCCAUCGAUUGGCUUUUGAAAAUAUGCCUGAGGACAUCCAACGGCUACGAUGCAAGGUCAACUUUCAAGCUUUAGUUUUUGUUCCUCACAUAAGGGCUCUCGGAGAGGCUCUUGUUGGUCGUCUCAGAUCUUCCACCAGCACAAAUGAAGGCGAGAGAAAUAACUACAUAAGGCAAUUCAAUGGUGCUAAAGACAAGCGAGGGAUAGGAAAGUUUGUUGUCCUUCAUCUACGCUUCGAUAAGGACAUGGCGGCGCACUCAGCUUGCGACUUUGGUGGUGGUAAGGCGGAGAAGUUGGCGCUAGCCAAGUAUCGACAAGUUAUCUGGCAAGGGAGGGUAUUAAAUUCCCAAUUUACGGACGAAGAGCUAAGGAGUCAAGGCCGGUGCCCGCUAACUCCCGAAGAAAUUGGAUUACUGCUUGCUGCUCUGGGAUUCGACAACAGCACGCGGCUCUAUCUUGCUUCCCACAAGGUAUACGGUGGGGAAGCGAGGAUCUCGACCCUUCGAAGUCUCUUCCCUCUAAUGGAAGACAAGAAAAGCCUCGCCUCGUCAGAAGAGCGCGACCAAAUCAAAGGGAAGGCUUCGUUAUUGGCCGCAGUCGAUUACUACGUCAGUAUGCACAGCGACAUUUUCAUCUCCGCUUCGCCGGGAAACAUGCACAAUGCUGUGGUUGGACAUAGAACGUAUGAAAACAAGAAGACUAUACGCCCGAACAUGGCGCUUCUAGGGCAGCUCUUCUUGAACAAGAGCCUGACAUGGCCGGAGUUCCAAGCGGCUGUCAUUAAAGGGCACAAAAACAGACAAGGGCAGCUCAGAAUACGCAAAUCGACGCAAUCUAUAUACACGUACCCUGCGCCGGAUUGCAUGUGCAAUGCUUGAGGUGUGUUUGCUACUCUUAUUUAAAUUAUGUGGGUGAUGUGGCGCUGUACUUUAUAUAUGAAGAUGACGGUUUCCUUCUUUAGGUGUUUUAGGUGUAGUUUCGAUUGGUAGGGACACCCGGGGCUCGGUCUCGGAUUCAUAUUCUUCGUUAGUCGUUAGGAUAAGCUGCGAAACGCCCGUUGGUUGCUCGAUUCGUGAUUGACAUACUAUGUUGUGUUUUGGUGGUUCCUUUGUUCUAAUUAUUUGUUCAUUUAUUUUUAUGGUUACAUCUUC